ACUCUUCCGGGGACUUGCGCUCGGCGGUAGUUGUCUCGCGAGGUAACAGCCAAAUAACUACCAAUCGGAUGCCGAGCUGGCUAACUGAGUUGCGUGUGUUGUGACAGAACGAAUUCCUAGGGCAGUAAUCUGGGCACGUGGCUCUGAUGAAACAUGCUAAACUGCAUCCCAAGGUGCAUGAAACUGACACACGGUGAAUACUCCGAUACCUGUGAUUUGUCAGGUGAAAUUUCAUCGUACAUUUCUGGCUCCGGGGCUGUAGUAGAUGGAGGUUUAUUAUUAUGAAUUGACGGAUUAUUUCUCUCAUUUGGGAUUAAUUAUUAAGAAAUGAAGAUUUUGAAUCGGGACACUUGUUUCAGUGCCGUGGUUUUUAUUUUGUGGACAAUUUUUACAAGAGCUUUCGGUUCACGUUUCGGCGUCUCAGGCAGGUACCCAGUUCCUAAGUUUGCCCACUCCGAGACGAACGUGACGGUUAAUGCUGGAGAGACGGCGAUACUGGUCUGUAAAGUUAAGAAUCUUGGGACAAGAAAAGUCAUUUGGAGGAAGCCCCCAGAUGUAUCGCCAUUGACGAUUGGUCGAUACGUAUUUGUUAACGAUGUGUCCAUGUCUGUGGAGCAUGCGCGAGAGUCAGAGGACUGGAAACUGAUCAUUUCCGGUGCACAUUCCAAUCACAGCGGAGAGUACGAGUGUCAAGUGCCCACUGCUGACAAACAGAUGCGGAAACAAUUCUACCUCACUGUUAUAGAAAAACCACAUGUUCAUCCGCAAAAGUCAAACUCUAAAGAAGUCAUCAACAUUUCUGACAGACAGCACGUCAAUACGGACGAACCGUUCGAGAUUUACUGCAAUGCCACUGGAGUUGACUUUGUUCCUGAAAAUAUUGACUGGUUUAAAAAUGGUGAAAAACUCCAGAGUAACGUUGGAAGAGGAGUCUCCAUCAAGUUUUCUGUGACAAUGGAAACAAAAACUAUUAAAAGUACAUUUCGUAUCGAGCAUGCGCGGAUGAGUGACGCUGGGACAUACACAUGUCGAACAUCCAACAGCCUAGUGGAAUCAACAUCAGUAGUGGUAUUGUAUGCUACAAGGAAUAACAGCAAAAGAGGUAUGAUCAAUUACGGUGUGCUCCCACCCUCCCCAAGAAGUUUAACUACACGGAAUUUAAUCAACUACCGAAUUAACGAUCUAACAACCACGCUUCUUGUACUCGAAAAGUUGCAAAAUUUCCUAAUUGAUCUCUCUAAUUAGAGACUAACUUUAUAACGAGGAUUCUGGCAUAACAAUUGUUACAUAACUCCUUCGGAUUAGGUUUAACAUACACCUGAGCUCAGCGCGAAUACACGCCUUGAUUACAAAAUACAAUACCAAUUUAAUUGACUUACAUGUAUAUAUCGGAACAGAAUUCUUGUUCACAGUUUAUACAACACGUCAUAAACUUUCAAGUCCCUGUCAAGAAGAAAUUAUCAGAGGAUAACGAUGUGACAGUACAUUUUCAUACAUUCUAGCUGUAAAUCCAAUCACUAACUUAAAACUAGUAUAUAUUACGUUAAAAAAACGUUCGGAAAGUAAGGAACAUUGAUAUAUUUUGAAAUGAUAUACACUACUAUAUGGCUUAUGGUUUUAAAGAGGGUAUUCUUUUUCAGUGAUCAUCUCGGAAAGAAACUUACAAUCGGAAAACCAGGGGGAACAUCCGACGUCUUCGACCAAUCAUCUGCAGUCAUCGAUCAUCUGUCAUCUGUUUUUAUCAUUUAUAAUUGUCGUGUUUUACGUGAUGUGAAAAGAUCGUCAAAUAACUUAUUUAUUUUUUAAACUGGCCAGUGAAGUGCAUGGUCUUGUGUCUCUGAAACUGACCAGUGGAUUUAGUGGUCUGUGUCCUUGGGCCUAAUACAGAUCAUUUGAUGUCCGCGAUAGCGGUGUACUUAUACGAAUACUUCUUUGCAACCCUCUCACUGUUGAGCUCUUACCGAAGACAUGUAUAUAUUGAAAAUGAUUUGAUCUAAGUAUAACAUUUUUGAGGGGUCACAUCUAAGCAUAAUACUUUUGGUUUGUUCCUAAGUAGAAAACAUCUUGCUCAAAAUGCAAAGUAAGUGAAAUAAAGAUAACGGCGCUCAACAACGUGUUUUAAGACACGAGGCACAUUUCAAAGUAUGAACUCCUCCUCAUUAUUGUGGACCUGUGGAAGACUUCGGCGAGUCAAUCUAUCACGGAGGCUCACUGCAGUCGAAAGUUUCCCCACAUUUCAUGGUUUAACUAUAUAUUUUAUACACGAGUCAUUGCGUUUAUUAUAAGUAUUAUUAACGAUUGUGUGACUCUCUAUAGACAUGGAACUUUAUAUAGGACUGCAUGGUUCUUAUAAUUAUCUCACAGGGUCGUAUUCCAUCCAAUUCAUUCCACUAAUCAAAAAAUUAUCAUGUUGUUUUCGUUUAAUUUUGCACCAUAUUGGAUGAACAUCAUACUUAAAAAGAAAAGAUGGUUGAUUAAAACCAUCUGUAAUAUUUUGUUGCUUGUAGCUUUGGUAUAAUAUCCCCGGACAUGAAAAUUGUUAUUUUCUUCACAUUGACAACAAUUAUAGAUCGGUGGAGCGUUUCGUAUUACUAUUAAUUGUAGCGAUUCUUGUCAUUGUUUAUUUUUAGAUAAAAACAAUUUCACUUUUAUUGAAAGUGAACAAAUCAUUACAUAUCUGAAUACAAAGAUCACGUGCUUAUAUCUUGUACAAUGUGUAGUUGUAUGUUCUUUAAAUUCGUCACGUGAAUAAAGUUUUCAAUAUG